UCUUACCUCUGAACUGAAGCCAACCCCCCAAUUCGUGACACCAUGACCAACUCGUGUUGCUCCUCUUGCUGCCAGCCUACGUGCUGCAGGACCACCUGCUGCAGGACCACCUGCUGCAGGACCACCUGCUGCAAGCCCACAUGCUGUGUGUCCAGCUGCUGCCAGCCCAGCUGCUCUGGGUCCAGUGGCUGCGGGUCCAGCUGCUGCCAGCCUUGCUGCUCUCGCCCAACGUGCUGUCAAACCACCUGCUGCAGGACCACCUGCUGCAAGCCCACAUGCUGUGUGUCCAGUUGCUGCCAGCCCAGCUGCUGUGUGUCCAGCUGCUGCCAGCCUUGCUGCUACCGCCCAACUUGCUGUCAAACCACCUGCUGUAGGACCACCUGCUGCAAGCCCACAUGCUGUGUGUCCAGCUGCUGCCAGCCCAGCUACUGUGGGUCCAGUGGCUGCGGGUCCAGCUGCUGCCAGCCUUGCUGCCGCCCAACGUGCUGUCAAACCACCUGCUGCAGGACCACCUGCUGCAAGCCCACAUGCUGUGUGUCCAGCUGCUGCCAGCCCAGCUACUGUGGGUCCAGUGGCUGCGGGUCCAGCUGCUGCCAGCCUUGCUGCUGCCGCCCAACGUGCUGUCAAACCACCUGCUGUAGGACCACCUGCUGCAAGCCCACAUGCUGUGUGUCCAGCUGCUGCCAGCCUUGCUGCCGCCCCAGUUGCUGCUGCACACCCUGCUCCCAGCCAGCUUGCUGCACCCCCGUUUUCUGCAGGAGAACCUGCUACCAGCCCACCUGUUGCUGCCUGCCUGGGUGCCUAGCCCAAGGCUGUGGAUCCAGCUGCUGUUAGCCUUCCUGUUGCUCAUCACGUGACCAAAGAAACACCAUCUGCACACCUUCCUGUUAACUGACUUGCCAUUUAGGACAAAUUUCCUUGCUUGAUUUUGCUGAAAGUCACCAUGCAACCAUCAAAUUUUUUUUCUCAUAUGUGUUUUUAUAAGCUUGUGAAUCAGUUUGAUGUUGUACAGAGGACUUCCUCCAAUUCUCUUCCUUUCAAGUAUGUGGAUCUUGUGUCAGUUUCAUAAAUCCUUGAUACUAAGUUAUCGUCUUGGUUUCUGAAGUCAGGAUCAUCUGUUCCCUCUAAGUAGGUUAGGAAAAUAAGUCUCCAAAACUUUUUCAUAGGUUCCUGAAACUGAUUAAUAAACUUCAUAAUUAUAUAUAUUUUUCAACGUGCUCGUGGUUCUUUCUCCUGCUUUCAUCUUUAGAUGCAAGUAUCUUACUUAUAUGUUUCUUAAUAAAGGCUAUAUCAUAAUUCA